AUGAUCCUUAUAGUCAUUGUAAUUUUAAUUUUACUACAGAUAUAUUUAAAUACGAAUCAGGCAAACAUCGUGCAAAAGUUUGUUGUCGGAAUUACAUUGAAUUUGCCUCAAGUUAUACAGUUUUGUUUUCUUGCCUUUUACACCACGCAGGUAAGAUGUAUCACGGUAAUAUUGGCAAGAAUAACCGAGCACUGCAAAAGUUUAAAAGUGUCUGAUGAAGCGAAUAUGAGUAUAAGGCAAAUGGAGAUGGUUUAUAUGAAGGUGUUUGAAAUUAAAAUGGACAUAAAUAAAGUGUUUGAAGGGCCUAUUUUAGCUUCACUUUUCCAAUCUUUUCAUGCGUUGGUGAACGAAGCUUAUUUAAUAUAUUACGCAGAACUGCAUACCAGCGACACUUCGAAGGCUACUGUAUAUAAUAAUGCUGUUUGGAUUACAUGCCAAUUCAUAAAAAUAUAUUGGCUAUCUUAUUCAGGAAAUACAUUAAAGGCUGAGGCUUUAAAAAUUGGUGAGGCUCUCCACUACAUGUCAACAGAAGGGCAAGAGUUACGAUGGAUGAUGGAGGUACAACAUUUCUCUACAAUGCUUAAAUAUCAAUCUAUGGAUAUUAGUGUGUUUGGCUAUUUCUCAUUAAAUGCUUCUUUAAUGUUCAAUAUGUCUGCCUCAGCAAUGACCUACCUGAUUAUUAUGGUGCAGUUUGCUUAAAGACUAUUACGAGUAGUUCAUCGAUGUCAUUAUUGUACUGUUUCAAUCGCUUGAAAACCUGAAACAUUACCU